AUUCGAGCCAGGGGUAGCCUAAUAUGAGGUCGUAUUCAGUCAUGUCAACUGAUUCCAUUAUCUCAAUGUGGUCUUGAAGUUCCAUAUGUGUAUCGCCAAUCAUGAGGUGUAGUUCUUGUGAGCCAUAUGAUUUGACAGUGGUGUCAUUGAUGGCCCUCACUUGGCGCACUGGGCUAUCAAUGUCAGGGAGGUGUUGCUUGGCCCAACGCUGUUGUAUGAAGUUUGCUUCAGCUCCGCUGUCUAGGAGGCAAUAUGCUGAUUUUGGUCCUUGGGGUGUCUCUACCAAAACAGUGAAUGUCAGGUGUUUUCGUUCGGUCUGUUCAGGCUGCAGUGCGGCAAUGCCCAGUACAGUAGCAGCUCCCAGUACUGGUCCAUCUAGUUUUUUGGCUUGCCAAAGUCUUUUUUCCAUGGCGCACUGUGGCAUUCAUUUGGUGGGUGUGGUCCUUUCUUGCACUUCCAACAAAAUUGAGGUUUUUGUCCAUCAUUGGGAUCUCUUUUGCGCUUUUCACCUGUCCAUUGAUUUCUUGGGCGAUCUUGAGGUGUGGAGGAGUUGGUGUUCUUUCUCUCUUGGUGUUUUCUGCUGUAGCAGUUUCUCUUGGCACUGUUGAGUACAUGAGGUCUGCCUGGGAUGUUGUCUUCAACGCCGCGGAGCCAAGAGAUAUAACUGUGGUACUCUUCAGGUUCACCCUGCAUUUGUUGGGCUAACCUGCAGAUGGGUUUGUACAAUUGUACUAGCAGGUGUACUUUUCAUUGGUGGUCUUUGUAACUCAGUCCUGCUUGCUCUUCCAGG